CUAGAAUACUGGGAGCUCCGCACUUUCCUGCUGCAGACUAGGACCUGACCACUGCUGGAAUGCUUACACUGGGAUUUUUCUUGUGUUCUCUUCUUAUUACUUCUUAUGCAGCCAACCCUUGCUGCUCCAACCCAUGUGAGAACCGAGGCGUGUGCAUGACUGUCGGCCACGACCGGUAUGAAUGCGAUUGCACAAGGACAGGAUUUUAUGGCGAAAACUGCACAACACCGGAAUUUCUAACAUGGCUGAGAAUCACCCUGAAGCCCUCGCCCAACACCGUCCACUACAUCUUAACUCACUUUAAACCCAUCUGGAAUGUCAUCAAUAAUUUCUCAUUCCUGCGCGACAGGAUUAUGCAAUACGUGCUAACGUCAAGGUCUCACUUGAUCGACAGCCCACCUACCUUCAACAGCCACUACAACUACAAAAACUGGGAAGCAUAUUCCAACAUCUCAUAUUAUACUCGAUCAUUGCCACCGGUAGGGAAAGACUGCCCAACACCAAUGGGAGUUAAAGGAAAUAAGGAACUUCCGAGUGUCAAGGAGGUUGUGGAGAAGUUUAUACUGAGGAGAGAGUUUAUCCCCGACCCACAAGGAUCUAACAUCAUGUUUGCCUUCUUUGCACAACACUUUACACAUCAGUUCUUUAAGACUGACGUCAAGAAAGGGGCUGCCUUCACCAAAGCUCUGGGGCAUGGGGUUGAUUUAUGUCACAUCUAUGGAGAAACUUUAGACAGGCAACACAUGCUACGACUGAAGAAGGACGGAAAGUUAAAAUACCAGAUUAUUGAUGGCGAGAUGUAUCCUCCAACAGUGAACCAAUCUGGAGUUGACAUGAUGUAUCCUCCUCACGUGCCGGAACACCUUAGAUUUGCCGUUGGGCAGGAAGUGUUUGGGCUGGUCCCGGGCCUGAUGAUGUAUGCCACCAUAUGGCUCAGAGAACACAAUCGGGUCUGUGAUAUUCUUGUGCAGGAGCAUCCCGAGUGGGACGAUGAACGCAUUUUCCAGACGGCAAGGCUAAUUUUGAUCGGCGAAACCAUCAAGAUUGUCAUCGAAGACUAUGUGCAGCAUCUGAGCGGAUAUCACUUUAAACUAAAGUUUGACCCAGAGCUGCUGUUUAACCAGAGAUUCCAAUACCAGAACCGAAUUGCUGCAGAGUUCAACACCCUGUACCAUUGGCACCCUCUCCUGCCAGACACCUUUCAGAUCAGCGACCGGGAGUACAACUAUCAACAAUUUCUCUACAAUAACUCUGUCAUGCUGGAGCAUGGGAUAUCACAGAUGGUUGAAUCUUUUAGCAAGCAAAGAGCUGGAAGGGUGGCUGGUGGUAGAAACUUCCCGGCAGCUGUGUUCAGAGUGGCCAUGGCUUCCAUAGAGCAAAGCAGAGAGAUGAGAUACCAGUCCCUCAAUGAAUACAGGAAGCGUUUUAUGCUGAAACCCUUUAAGUCCUUCGAGGAUCUGACUGGAGAGAAAGAAAUGUCCGCAGAACUUGAAAAACUCUACGGAGACAUUGACGCCAUGGAGUUCUACCCAGGUCUUUUGGUGGAAAAACCCCGUCCCGGUGCCAUAUUUGGAGAGACCAUGGUUGAAAUCGGUGCUCCGUUUUCAUUGAAAGGUCUGAUGGGUAAUCCAAUUUGCUCUCCCGAAUACUGGAAACCCAGCACUUUCGGGGGCAAGGUUGGCUUCGACAUCGUGAACACGGCCUCUUUACAAAAGCUCGUCUGCCAAAAUGUUAAAGACUGUCCUGUGGUCGCCUUUCACGUGUUAAAAGGCAAGAUCAGCGAGUCGGCAACCAUCAACGCGAGCUCCAACUCUGCACUGGAAGAGGUAAACCCUGCCGUACUACUGAAAGAGCGCUCGUCUGAACUAUAAAGGAUGGCUCAAGAGAGAACAGGAACGACCAUCGGCACAGUAAAGGAUUGCUAUGGAUUGUUACAAAACUGUGGUCAACCACGUGGCUGCUGGUAGAACCACUGUAGACUUAAGGCUACAACCACUUUAGAUGUAGGGUCAAAGUCCUCUGAUGGCAUCUCCUUAUACAUGUGGUGUGUGUGUGACCCUUUAUAUUAUAUUCAGAGAGUCUGAAUCUUGAAUAAUGAUAUUUAUUAUGUCUCUUAUUAUUUAUUGAUACAAAUAGUUCCAUAACUUGAAUGUCUCUUUGGGGGGAAAAAAAACGAAAGCUAUGUUCACACGGCAGGAUUUCCGUGCUCAGAUUCUGCAGAAUUCGUGCUGAAUUUUUUGCGCUGAACACACCGAUUCCGGUCGGAAUUCAGAGCCCCAUUGGGACUCUGCCACGGAAUUCUGCAAAAACAAUUGAAUUCUUAAUUCUUUUUGCUGAAUCUGGAAUGCAGAUUCGGCCGUUUUUGUGGGACGGUGGAAAUUCCAUUCUCUGCAAUGUUAACUUCAUGUCGCAGAAUUUCCGUGCUGAAUUUUUCCCACCAUAUUCCGCAUGGAAAUCUCGACGUGUGAACAUAGCCUAAGGCAGAAGCUUUCAUGCUUCUUCCAUGACGAAUUGAGAUAGAUAAAGUAGAGUUAUUGCGGAAGUCCAAACUCCCAGGCUGCCAUUUACAAUAUUUAGGACAUUUCACUUGUCCGCAACUUUCACUAGCUCGGUAAACAAAUAGAGCCCAAUGUGUAUGUAUAUAUACACACUGACUGCAUUGUAUCACACUUAUGCAUGCUCAUCUCCAUUGAGCGGCCAGCCCCGAGGUUAUGAAAUAAGCAUGAACUAUGCCUAGAAUACAUUAUGGUCAUGCAGCCGAAUGCAAUGACUAUUACUACAAUGAUGGCUUCCUAUGUUUUUCUAAUAAGGAUGAUUGAUAUUUUGUAUGUAUUUUAUUAUGCUGCUACAUUACUUGAAUCUUUUUGCUGCUUCGGAUUUCGGUUUGUCUUAGGCAGUAUGGCAAUAUAAUAUUUUUUUUUCCCCUUGUUUUUUUCUUAUGCUUUAUGUAAGGACAGAAAAGUGUCAAUAUAAGGGACUAUGUUACUAUUACUUGAAUUUGCAUUGUGGAUUAUAGCAAUGCUUCAUAGACAGUGCAUCGCAAGCAG